AUGGAGAAUUGGUUGGGCUUAAGUGAGGAGCACUCGAUGAAGAGUAUGGUUGCUUUUCUUUGUUGGCAGAUUUGGAAGGCGCGUAAUGCUUGGGUGUUUGAGCAAAAAUGGUGGGAUGCAAUGGAGAUAGUUAGACUUGGAGAAGCUCACUGUUUUGAAUUUUUAAAUUGUAAUGUUGCUCCUUUUGCUACUAUGAGAUCACACUGUUCAGGGCAAAAUAGUUAUGGGAAUCCUAUUAGGUGGCAAGCUACUCCAGUGGAUGUGAUUAAAGUUAAUACUGAUGCAUCAUUUUGUAAAGUAUUAUGUGAGACUGGAGGUGGAAUGGUUCUGCGUGAUCAUAGGGGAAAUGUGUUGCAAUUGGCAUCUUUUUUCUUUCAAGGAGUUUCAGAUCCGUUAGUGGCUGAAGGUUUGGUGCGUCGAAAUGUUAUGGACCAGGUUAUUCGAUGUGGUUACAGUCGUAUUGUGUUUGAGAUUGAUGCAAAGGUCAUCGUCAAGGCUGCGAUGUUAGAUGGGUCUUCAUCUCUUUUACUUAGCCCUCUAGUAGAAGAUAUCCGUGAAUGA